AUGACCGACGAGUACGCCCCUCUCGUCUCCCCGAAGACCCGCGACGCGCGUCCCGCGCGUCGAUGCAUCACGUGCUGCGUCGUCGGCACCCUCGCGCUCGUCGCGCUCGCGCACGCGCGCGGGUUCCAGCCCCGCGCGGUCAGGGUCCGACGCGACCAAAAGUCCCUUCAGUUGUCCUGGGCGACAGCUGGCGACUCCGGCGACUCUGCGCUCGGCCCGCGGUGCGACGACGUUCUCGACGCGUCGUCGCACGCCCCCGCGAUGACCGCGCGCGAGACAGCGCUGAUGCUCAAGUACCUCGCGGGCGCGCACGAGGGUUCGACGUGGGGUCCCGGCGAGGCGCUCUACCUCGAGUGGGGCAGCGGCGGCUCCACCGCGACGUUCGGCACCCACGCGCGCAGGACGUUCACCGUCGAGCACGCCGUCGAGUGGUGCGAGCAGGUCCGCGCGUGGCCCGAGACGUCGUGCAUGGCGCGCGCAAACCGCUGGGAGAUGUUCUGCCACGACGCCGGUCACGCGCUGGAGGCGUGGGGCUAUCCCGACGGCCACGGCUACUCUUUCGACGCUGAACCAGCUAAUAAGGAGGCCGCCAAGUCCUCCGAGUCCUCCGAGUCCACCAAGUCCUCGUUCCACCCGGGGUUUCACGACGCGAUGCGAACGUACGUCCAAGCCCCGGGCCGGUUCGGCGUCGCCGCGUACGACGUCGUGCUCAUCGACGGAAGGUUCAGGAACGCGUGCGCGUUCGCGAUACUCCCGUACCUUCGCCGCGGGUCGGUCGUUUUUUGGCACGACUGGACGCGAGAGGACUUGGAGUCGCUGAAGGUGGACGCGAAAGUUUUGUCGAGCGAGACUCCCGCGUCGCCCACGCACAGGACGUACCACAGAGCCGCGGGCAGGCUGUUCGAGCUGGUGGAGACGGCGGACACGUUGGCGGUGUUCAAGGUGGAUCCGGCGGUGUACGACACGAUGCAGAGCAUGGCGUAG